UGAUUUUAAACGUUUUUUAUUUAUUUAGGAGUCAAAAAACGAACGCUGCUCAACUUAAGCUUAUGAUAGAAUUUAUGGAGCAGCACGACGCUUUAACCAAAAAUAGUUUGCAAUGUGUUAGCAAUGGGCGCGAGAAGAAAAAGAAGUUAUGGAGCAAAUUAACGGAAAUGUUAAAUAGCAACGGGCCUCCGAUGAAAUCAACGAAGGGAUGGCAGAAAGUAUGGACUGACUACAAAUAUAAUGCAAAGCGCAAGUUAAGCGCCCGAAUGAAUAGUUUAAAAAAAACGGGUGGUGGGCCAUAUGAUGCCGUUAAAUUAAGUAAUUUGGAGGAACGUGUAAUUGCUGCAGCAAAUAUAAACGCACAAGUAAUGGGCAUUCCGGGCGUGGCGUCAUAUGGUACCAAAACAGACGAGCCUUGCUCUUCUACUGCUGCCCCGGAACCGGACGAAGCUUUCGUUAGUGACUCUUUAAGAGAAAUGUUAAGCGAAUCCUCGAGUAAUAAUGAAAAUGAAGGGGCAGGUGAGACUAAUACACCAAGAGGAAAAAGAAGCGCCGACACGGCAAGCGACAGAGAGGCACCACCAUCACCUAAAGCACCACAAACGUCUAAACUAAAACAAACGCCUAUAGUACCACAAACGCCUAAAAAGAGAUGUGUAGAUCCAAAGAUAAGAAUCAUAGAACAGAAAUAG